GCCGCCCCCGCCCCCAGGCAGCCUCCCGCCGCGUCGGGUCGGCUCCGAGUUUCGAUUCCCCGAGCCCGAAGGGCGGGCGGGCCGCGCCAUGGCGGACCCGGUGGUGUGCAGCUACAUCACUAAGGUGCUGUGCGCGCACGGCGGCCGCCUGGCGCUGGGCGAGCUGCUGGAGCAGAUCCUGCUGUCGGAGGAGCAGCUGCUGCAGGUGCUGGAGGCGGCGGGCCGCGAGCGCUUCGUGCUGCUCGACAGCGGGGGCCGCGCGGGGCUCGCCCGCCAUGUGGUGGCCACCACCCGCGCCCGCGUCUGCCGCCGCAAGUUCUGCGACCGCGCCUGCGACAACCUGCACCUCUGCAAGCUCAACCUGCUGGGCCGCUGCCACUACUCCGAGCGGAAAUUGUGCAAAUAUUCUCAUGACGUUCUCUCAGAGCAUAAUUCCAGAAUCCUAAAAACUCAUGAGCUAUCAGGACUAAACCAGGAGGAGUUGGCUGUGCUCCUCAAGCAAAGUGACCCCUUUUUCCUGCCGGAGAUCUGCAAGACCUACAAGGGUGAGGGCCGGCGCCAGGUGUGUCUUCAGACCCCGCCAUGCGAGCGCCUGCACAUCUGCGAGCACUUCACGCGGGGCAACUGCGGCUUCCCCAACUGCCUGCGCUCACACAACCUCCUGGAGCGCCGCGUGCUGGCCGUCAUGGAGGAGCACGGGCUGAGCACAGACACGGUGCAGAACAUCCAGGACAUCUGCAACAGCAAGCACGGCCGCCGCAGGCUGCCUGCCACCAGGGGCAGAGUUCACUCUUCACACCGCAGAGAUCCGUCCAGUAAAGAAAGAAGCAAGAGUCGAGACCAACUUUCACAGGGCAAACAGGAAUUCCUCUCCACACUCUUGACUCCUCUCGAUAGGUCCUGCACACCCAGUCCAGAUAAGCUGGACCUUCUGGACAAGGAUGAACCAGUGGAGAGGCUCACCCAGAAGCUGGGGUGCCUGGGUAGUCAGGGGCCUCUCUGGGAGCCAGCCUCAGUGCCAUCGAAGACACCCGGUGUGGCCCCUGUUGGAGCCGACCCACGACCUUUGAGGCCCCAGGGCCCGGUGACCUGGCUGCAGGACCUAAGCACCAAAGAGAGCUCCUUGCCCCUGAGCCCGGCCACUCGCAGUCCCCCGGGGUCCCCACUCAGGGACUUGUUUGCCAAGGACCUUCUUGUCUAUCAGGCAGGUAGCAGGAAAACAGAGUGCUGGCCCCUCCCUCCUUUCAGUAAUGAUACGGUAGGUGGGGCCCCUGCAAGCCCCCCAGCUUGCACACCCCUCUUUAGAGCACCUAAGGAGGCUCCCUCACCCCGGAGCCCUGGGCUCCCCAGGGCCCCAGGAAGCUCCCCAGAUAACGGCCAGGGAGUGGCCUUUGUGAAUGGAAAGCACGGGGAGAAGAUCAUCCUGACCGACAAGUUUGUCCCCCAUGCGGCUCAUGGCGCCAGGAAUGUGGCGAAAGUCACUACCCAUGACCAGUACACUGCUGCCUCGGGUACAAGCAUGCCCUCGCUGGGGAGAGGGGACGGGCCACACUCUGGGACCAAGGGUUCGAGGACACCAGCCCCUGCGACUCCGGUGACAACCACAGUCCCUGCACCACUGAGCUCUGCACCCAGGUCACCACCUGCCUCCAGCAGCAGAGAUUCCGUCUCUCGUGUGAUUGCCUCUCCCGUGACGGAUGACCGUGACUCCAAGGACAUUUGCUUGAACCACCUGAACAAGAGCUGUCAACUCCGAAACUGCAGUCAAGUUCACUUCCACCUCCCCUACCAGUGGCAGAUCUACAUAGACGGUGCCUGGACGGACCUCCAGCCCAUGGAAACUAUAGAAAAGGCCUACUGUGACCCCCAAAAUCGCUUCAUUUCAGUGGGAAACCGGAUCAUCAACUUCCAGAAAAUGAUUUGCAAUUCGCAUCGUAUCCGACGUCUCUCCACACCUUCCUCUGUCAUAACCGGGACCAACUCUGCCUUCACCACCAAGUGGCUUUGGUAUUGGAAGAAUGAAUCGGACAGAUGGGUUGAGUAUGGAGAGAGAGACAGGCGUGCCAUCGAUUCUCUCUACCUGGAGUCUUUGUUCCAGUCAUAUCCUCGUGGAGUCGUGCCCUUCCAGCUGGCUUCUCGCAGCUAUGAGCUGAGUUUCCCAGGGAUGAUUCAGACCAACACAGAGUCCAAGACACAGAAGGAUGUGGUUCGAAGGCCUGUGUUUGUGUCUUCUUGGGACGUGGAGCAGCUGCGACAUGGCCCAGGAGCCAGUUCUUCUUGUGCGAAGAGCUCCAUGGUCACAGUUCCAGAGCCCCUUUUUCAUUCAGAUAUAGACAAGGAGAGACCCACAAAGAAUUCAGUGCCACAGCAACAGAACCUCCUUCGAUGCCAGGAGACCUCCUCUGUGGUGAGAAGACUCAGCCCUGGGCAAGGCACGAGCCCUACCUGCCAUCAGCCCACACAGACAAGAUCAGAGUCUUUGACCACGCCUGCUCUUCCCUCAGAGAACAAUGGCUUGCCUUCCUCCACUGGAUAUGAGCUGCUGGAGCUCAAUAGCAUUGAACACGAAUACGUCAAAGUUAGCGAGCGAUUCAGAGCUUCCAUGAAAAACGUCAAGAUUGAGAAGAUCAAAAAGAUCUUUAACUCGAGGCUGCUAACUGCUUUCGAAAGGAAAAAAAAGACGAUGAAGAAGCCAAAUGAAGAAAUCCUGUUCUGUGCAAGCAGCCGAGCCUCUGUGGCCCAAAUCUGUGCCAACAAUUUUGACUGGACCUUACACGGGCCUCCCGAGACCAGAUAUGGAAAAGGAAAUUACUUCACGAAAGAUGCUAUCUCUUCCCAGAAAAUCUGCCGGGGUGACCCCAAAAAUGUGAUGUUUAUCGCCCGAGUCCUGGUUGGAAAUUGUAUUGAAGGGAACAAGUUUUACUCAAGCCCACCUCCAAUGUAUGACAGUUGUGUGGACACCAGGCUGAAUCCCUCCAUCUUUGUCAUCUAUGAAAAGGAUCAGAUCUACCCAGAAUAUGUGAUUGAAUACAGUGAGAUGGACAAGGCCUGCGUGAUCAGUUAGGCUGAGUCCAGCCCUGAGACGAUUAUGUCUGCUUUCUGAACCCAGUUCCCCCCAGAUAAUAGCUAAACACCUGCCUUUCUCCUGAUAAUGGUUAAACACCUGCCUUUCUCUGCCAACUUCUCCAGUGCUAUAGGUCAGUGGUGCCCAGACUUUGCUGGGCAUUUGAAUACCCCGGAAGUAUGUCUUGAUAUAUUGUGCCUCAUUCCAUUCAUCUCUCUUUCUGGGGGUAAAAGCCAGGCAGCGGUAUUUUAAUUUUUUUGUUGUUGGUGUAACAUUGCGUUUUAACAUCAGAUAUAAAGUUUCAGCUGAGCAGUAGUAAAAAUUGAUGUGUGUAUACAGCACAGGAAGUUCCCUUCCCUUCUACAUUACUUUAUUUUUUUUUUAUUUGAUAGAAUAGAGAAAAAUUGAGUGGGAAGGGAAGAUAGAGAGGGAAAGAGAAAGACACCUGCAGCACUAUUUUCACCGCUCAUGAAGCUUCCUUCUUGUGAGUAGGGACUGGGGGCUUGAACCUGGGUCCUUGCACAUGGUAACAUGUGCCCUCAACCAGGUGUGCCACCUCCAGGCCCCUUCUGUGGUAUUUUAGAAGAUCUCCUGUGGAGUCAAAUGGCUCAUAAAGUUUGGGGACCAUUAUCUGAGCAGUAAAUGUCAAAGACUGAUUUUUCUGAAACUUGUAGGAUGACAACUUUUCUCUCCCAACUCUUCUUUUAUUUUUCUGGUUUGACCAGAUUUUAUUUUAAUUUCAUUGCAAAAGAAUCAUAUUAGGAGACAUGGGAACACUCUAAAUAUACCUGUUGAGGUAAGAUCAUGAGACAGUGGAAGGUUGUACAGAUUGGAGGGGCAGGAGCUUAGGAAUCCGCUGGGGGGGGGGGAUAGUGAUUCCAUAACUUUUAUCUUUGGGGUGACAUCGAGUGGGACACACGUUUUCUUAUCUCUGCGUUUAUCUCGGGAAUUUUGUCCAGAUUGAUUGUUUCUGGACUGUGAUGAGGAGAAAGAAGCAAUGAACUGGAAUGAAGUGCCAGCUUAUUUAGAAAUGCUGUUAUGAGAAUAAUGAUCAUAUUGGAUUAUCAGAAAAGUCAUGGCAUAUUUUGUCCAUUUUUUAAUGUAAAAAUGUGUCAUGACUUUUCCCAUACCAAUACUGCUGCCCAGUAUCAUUACCCAUACCAAUACUGAACCACAACUAAGUAGACAUUUACAUUCUAAUUAAUUAAGAUUAUAGAGAAUGUUCCCCUCCCUUCAGGUCAGUCUUUCAUGAAGGUCCUGUAUGGUUAGCAGGAAGGGCACAUAGGUUACAGUAACUAGAUUUACACAGGUGUAGUUGGAAAACCAGAGCUGCAGUGAGACUCGCCAAGAAAUUCAUAGUGCAGGCACUGAGCCCCAGCAAUAACCCUGGAGGCAAAAAAAAAAAGUCAGAUGUUUCCACCUACUUAGAAUAAAUGAAUUUCAAUGUCAAGGUAGUUUGUAUAACGAAGUAUAAGAAAAUACAGAGGCAGGGCUCUGAGGGAACCACAGAUUCAAAACUAGUGAGAGUCGCUGACUUGCUAGAAUGAGAUAGCCUGGUCGGAGAUAAAGAUACUAUGCAAGCAAAUCUAUGGCUUGUCAAAACGGAGAAUCUUUUUUUUUUUUUUAAACCAAUGAACUGUAGCUCAUAUAUAAGAAUGUCCAGAGGGGACAUUCAGAAUUCGCCAAGGGUGCAGAAUAAUUUCUUGUCGUGAGGAGUCGUUGUUGCAUAUCGCAAGAUGUCCCAUGUCCUGGGCUGUCACCUCCUGAUACCUGUAGCUCUCCCCUCCCAUAAACGAGGAUCUAGUCGCCCCUCGAAGAGUAGUUCCACAUCCCCUUCGCUGGGUGGAGAUGAUUCCUAGAUCGCACAGUCUACUUAACACACAUUCAUUUCUUUCAAGAUCCAUUCAAUGUCCCAACUCUUGUGGUAAUGAAGAAUCAAAAGGGAAGAACUUCACCAUAAAAAGAAAAAAAAAGAAAGAAAAAAAGAAAGAAAAUUGCACUAUAUAAAUGAUCAGGCACGACCCUGCUGCACCUUGCUGUGAAAUUGAUCUACUUUCUGCUGUGUAUAGGUGUAGAUUUAAGAGUUGAUCAGAGGCUGCUUUCAGUCCGGUAGCACAGGAAGAUGAGGGAUUUGAGUGAGAUGAGAAUGAGAACCAACUUCUGGGGGAGUCCUAACAGAUCACACGUCUUACCUUUGUAUCUGGUCAGGGGAGGAGUGAAAAUUACCCUUAACUGAAAUAAGAAUACCAGACCAGACGAAUUCCAGAUCCCUAAGAGGACAGAGCUUAUAAUCUUCUCUUCGCACGAACUAUUGAUCCUACAUUAAUGUCCACGAGACAUUAGCAAGUCGUAUAGAGCACAGAGUCCUUUCUUCAUAGUGUGGGGACCAAUCUCCCCCUCACUGUGGGAUAUCUGUUAUUCUGGCUGCAGAAGUCGGUACCAGGAAUAGUUCCAAAAUAUCGUGAAACCCAAGCCAGCUGUUUCCAAGAUACCCCAGCAGAACCAUUUAUUCAACUAAUAUCUUAUAUCCUUAGAUUAAUUGUUAGCUCUAGAGGGAGUCUAGACUAGAAUAGAUGCUUGCCUUCCAACCUGCACCCUCCACACACUGGGAAAAUAACUAUAGAGUGCUUAGCUUGGGUCCUUGGCCAUACCUGCUGUAUUUGAAGUUGUUAGCUUUCUGCAGUAGAAUGUGAUUUCACCUACCCACCCCUGGCUCAGCGCUUGGUAUGUUAUACCUGGAUUAGAGUCAUAGAAUCAAGCAGGCUCAACUCUUUGUAUCUGAGUAGCUGAACUAUAUUUCUUCUUGUUUUCAAUCUUCUUUGAAGCUAUCUAAUAAAAGAAAGAAAUGCUAA